AUGAAAAGAAUACCCUCAAAUACAUCCACAAAGAGUUCCUCAUCAUCGACAACCAGUAAUAGUAGUGUAGGAGGAGGUUCAUCAUCAUCGGCUCAAACCAAUGGGAAGGGAUCUGCAACAUUAUCAAAGAUUGCCUCGGUUAAGCAAAGCGGAACAUCCUCAACAACAUCUUCAGCUGGAUCAACAACGAGUAGGAAAAGUAGCGCCUCGUCUGUUGAGAGUGGCACCUCUUCAAAAUCAACUUCGAGUUCAAAAGUCAAAUCCACUCAAUCAACACCAAGAGCCACUGCAACAGCGAUAGAAUCAAAACCAUUUAAGUUUACUUCAUCAACUAAAAAGAAUGACCAAUCUCCAUCAACACCUACAACAUCAGAAAAGAAACCAUCUAAAGAAGAUCCUAAAACUGCAAAACCUAAAGUAGUAGAGGAAGAGGAAAUUGUUCAAGUUUUGGAAUUACGUCAUCAGAAUAUUUCUGAGAUACCCAGAGCUCACACCUCUAAAAUUGAAUUGCUCAAGUUGGAUAUUUCAUUUAACAAAUUUACAGAAGUUCAACAAUUGGAAAGGUACACUAAAUUGACUUCUUUAAAAGCGAUGUAUAAUAAGGUAGCUUCACUCAAUGGUAUUGAAACACUGGAAAAUUUAAGGGAUUGUACCAUGGUUGGAAAUAUGAUUACAGAUGUUUCUAAACUUGCUUUUUGCAAAAAGUUAGAAACUCUUGCCCUUGAUAAUAACAUGAUUCAAUCUUUCCCAAGCUUAGUUUCUUUGAAAAACCUGACGCAUCUAUCAGUUGAGAAUAAUUGCCUAAUCAACUUUGAAGGACUUAGUGGAUUGGAAAAUUUGAAAUCUCUUUCUGUUUCUAGGAAU